ACUAACCAAGGUUUGAGGAAGUCAAAAUUGUGCAGAGCAAGCUUCGGGAUGGGAAGGGAUUUUUAGUUUCGGGGAUCUGAGAAAGCUGCAUUUAUCAUGAGAGCUUGCGGGAUCACGAUUCUUUUGUUUAUAGAUUCUUGUCUACAAUCUGUAAACGGGUACCUGAGUUCCCCCCAUCUAGGCCAGGAACCCCCGUACAGCCGAGAUGCACAGCAGAGUCCGGUUAUUACAAGCCCUGUGGCCGCAGCUCCCACUCCAGUGUCUCCAAAAGAUUUGGCCGGCUACGCUCACAAGUGUCCGAGUGGAGGCCUGUGUUCCAAGCUACCUGCUAGCUGCAUCACUUGCAUUGAACGUUACAACUGCUCGUAUGGCAAGCCUGCCUCCUUUUCCUGCAAGACCCUCGAGGGUGUCCACUGCCUUGGGCCUUCAGGACAGCAGUUGACCAACUUCUCUCUCACAAUGACCUGCCAGUUCUGCUGGCAGCUGGACCCUUCAAAGUACCAGUGCUCCAACUCUACCAGCUGUAUGACAGUGGCCUGUCCUCGCAAACGCUACAAUGCCAACUGUACUGUGCUGGACCACGUGCACUGUUUGGGGAAUCGAAAUUUCACAAAACGUCUGUACUGCAACUGGACCGGAGGGUACAAGUGGUCAACAGCCUUGGCCCUCAGCAUUACACUGGGUGGGUUUGGAGCCGACAGGUUCUAUCUUGGCCAGUGGCGAGAAGGCCUCGGGAAGCUCUUCAGCUUUGGAGGGUUGGGCAUCUGGACGCUGAUCGAUGUGCUGCUGAUUGGAGUGGGCUACGUGGGGCCUGCAGAUGGCUCUCUGUACAUCUGAGCUGAAGAACAGAUGGGGAGGGGUUGCUGCUUGCAUGGUGUGCUGCCCAUGAGUGUGACUUUUAUGACCCCCUAUCAGGAUAUUCCUGUUCACAUACACCUGCCUGGUCCAAAUCCCUCUAUAACACACUGCGCUGCCCCAAACACCCCCCUGGAACAUACUGGUCAGAGACGCCUCCAUUUGCACUUGUCAGAUGGCAUGCUCAUCCCUCAAGACUGUCUUUCUCCUUUUUGUAUUAUUUAUUAAUUCAAUGUAUAAUUUAAAAUAGAAUCUUAUGGAGCAAGGAACAGCGAUUAGAGUCAGACAUGUGAGGUGCACUUUAGGAGAGCCAGGGAGCUUCUUGCGCAUGUGUGUUCAGUGUGUCCUGUCUUUUUCCAUCACUUUAGUGUCUCUGUGGCUUAGAUUGUCCAUUAAUGUGAUGGAAUGAUUGUAUCUAUUUUGAAGAGGAACAUGGAAAUAAAAACUGAUUUCUCUGUUUGACGCUUUAAAACUGCUAUUGGAUGCAAGGCAGGCAUUGCUGCUGGCUACGGUCUCUCGAUGCUUUGCGACAACUGAAAGCAUCUUCACAGUGACUUUUGCCAGGCAGACUGUUGAUGGUUGCUUAUAUCUUUUUUGUGAUCAGUUGUGUAUGAUAUAUAAUUAUGACUCAGUACAUUUGAAAUCCUACUACAAAGUAUGUCCAGAAAAGCCACCUGUAUAUAAAUGUUCUAUAGGAUUACAUAUAGAACAUAUUUGUAAGUGUUCUUGGGAUAGUUUAUGCAAAUCAGAGAUCAAUAUUGUGAUGAUGGUUUAGAAUUAAUGGUUAAGCCGCUUCUGUUUUCAUCGUUCGCAAAUUUUGAAACUUCAAAUGAAAAAGGUUUAUUGUACAGUAAAUGUAUAUAUGUGCAAAGUAUAUAUAAUGUAAUACUUAAUCGACAAAUACGAGAAUGAUUACUCAUUCGGUUGAUGAAUAUGUGCAGCAUUAACUGGUUUCCUACUGUUGAAAGAUUUGGUUGUGUACACGUUUUGGUAAUGUAACUAAAUAUUUGUUAAAACGAAUGUAUAUAAAGUCUCGAAGGAUUUCUGUA